UCCUUUAUUUUAUUAUUUACGAAUUUCCAGUUGCAGAAAAUACAUCACACGAAAUGAACAGUAAAGUAGUAUUAAUAAAUAGAAUUAAUAAUUAAAUCACUAUUGGUGAACAAGUUUAGAAAAUAUUCUUUUCUAAUUUGCUUUCCGCUGGUGAUAUACACUUUUCAGAUAGUCUUGGAUCGCUUCUAAAAAUCGAUACAUAAUGUUCAGUACAAAAGAUUAUCGGAUAUAUUUGAUUAUCGCACCUACAGCAAGAUUUGGGAUCGAUAAGACUGGUAAUGCGUGCUGAAAAGUGAUUUGAUGGCGUGUGACUGUAAGUACCCGUAUCUGUUCCUACAGUACUAAUCAUUUGAGACCAGUAGACCUGUCAAAUUCGAAAAAAAAAAAACUAAGGUCUAAGUGUCAUUUGUACGUCAUUUAAGGAGGCUCUACAGUUACGUUGUAAGUCAAUGUAGAGUUACUAUUGUCGCUUGAUUCACGUAGUAGUAGAUCUGGCAUAGUAUUUAGAAUAUUACAAUGGUUCGCAAUUUUAUAUCAAAAUAAAAAAAAAUUAUGUUAAACAUUGAUUUUCAGUCGUUAUUAUAUCUAUUAUAUUUAUAUUAUAUCAUAAAGUAAUAGAAAUCAAUUAUUUUCAGACAAACUACAGUACUGUUUGUAUUUGAACGCGCGUUUUCUAACCUCUCGUACAGCGUGUCAGAUCUCUCAUACUAUGUCAAUAGCAGAAGACAAAACGCAUUAUCCAAGAAUUCUUUAAUUUAUUAUUAAUACUACAAGUACCCUCGGAGUAUUUUGUAAAUCAAUAUAUGUUCUUUAGAUAUUUUUUUAUUAUGCAUAAAAUUUUCGAUUCAAUCUCGGCGUCAAUUAUUAGGUUGUCCCAAAAGUUUCUUUCGCUUUAUUAAUAAGUAAUACAUGCAUAAUAGUUUAUGUUUUAUGUUAUAUUACUGAAUUGUGCAAGAUUCAUUUUGCUCCGUUACUGUUACAACAUAAAUAUCUAUGAAAUUAGAUUGUCUAUUUAUAUAAACACGACCACAUAAAAUAAUUGAGUGUAACUCGCGAAAGAAAGUUUCGGGACAACCUAAUACUUUGUAGUGCGUAAUUGAGUGUGUUGAAAACGCAUUUACCCAUAAGAGUUAAAAAGUGAAAAACUGAAACAUUUAUUUCUUUGCUUUUAGGUACCCUAGCCUUCCCGAAAUUCGUGUGGGUGUUUUUGGGAUAAAAUCUAACUCGUAUACAAAUUUUUAUAACUUUCUGGCGUUAUUUCUCUAUGCGCUAGAGCCUCCUUAAGUCAAUAAUUUGGUGUGAUUAGCGUUGAGUAUAAUUAUACAGUGAAGUCUCGAUUAUUGCACGACGGCUGUGAUGAUUGCAUGGUGUUCACAAGUAGAAGGGAUAGUUGCUAAGCGAUAAGUAAAGUUGGGAGUAACAAUGCAAUGGUGAUUUGCUAUGUAUUGCUUGCUUAUGGUAGGAACCUUGAUUAUUGCACAAAUUUUUAGCCCUAAUUUCUAUUAGAAUUAUCCAUUAUUUCUCUUAGAAGACUAUUGAAUAAAAUAAAGAAAAGUAACGAGUUUAUCUGUCACGUGACAUUAGAAUUCCAUAAAAUCGCAUAAUUCUUGUACACGAUCACUAACAAGAGCAAUAUCGUUUAUUGCAUAAUUGACGUCACACGUAUUACCAUUAGUGACAACGCAUGAUAGUAUGAUACAUAUCCUCGCCCGUUGACGUUCGCAACACAAGUUUCUUUGCAUCUCAAUACAAAUAAGCAGGUAUGAAUGUGCUCGAUAAUACGAUAAGAACAUGUGCAUCGAGUAUGUUUAUUAAUCGUGAAUCUGCUACUAACAUCGUCAAGUGAGGAACGUGUAAAUGAGAAUGAAAGCAUACAUAAUUACCCAUUAGUGUGUUAUUUAUGAAAAGAACGUAAAGCAACGCAGAACGAAUAAAAUGAUUUCAAAAGAGAUGUAUCCGUUACUUCAUGAAAGAAAUGUAAUACGCAAUAAUAUUAUGUAUUCGCUAAUCGCGAUUAACGUCACGGAUACAAUGCUCGAAGCUAUCGCAGUAUAAAGCAAUUAUGAAUAAAAGCUAAUUACACGUUACGGCUGCAACUGAAUGGAUUUUCACACGAGGUAAUCAAAAAAUUGACAGAGAGCCCUGAUUGGUUGAUUAGCGAGUCAGGCGACGUAUAACGCGAUUUGAUUGGUCCAUGUAAAGCGUGCGGUGUAUCCAAGGAGCACGCGUUACCAACCGAUGUAUACUGAACGCAACUCUAAUACAAUCAUAAGUGGACAACAUUUCUCGCGUUACGUUUUGAUACGUAAUGAGUACUGAUAGGGAAAAGAAAAACAAAGCCAGCUUUCGAAAGAAAAUAUCGUUGAAACUUACCGGUGACGAAUCCUCCGCGGUGGAGUGCCACGCUCCUCACUGAGGCAGGUGCACCAUGGCGCAACAUGAAGAAUUCGUAUACCGACACACAACACUACCUUCGAGUUUCGCUGUGGCCUGCGCGGCGAAGGUUCUUUAUCGAUAGGGAAGAACCUUUCAGUAACACUCACUGUGCCUAGAGGUCAGGGUCUCACAGAAGAACGCGAAAGAGGAAUAAUGGUUCAAUCGAGAGGAAAGUGAAGUCCCAUCCGUCAUCCUGGCGCGUGGCAAACCAGGCCAGAGGCCUGGAUCCUCAUCCUCCUCGUCCUCGUCCACGGAGAGGCUCCAAAGGAUGCCAGGAUCGGCUCAGGAGAGGCCGCGUGCUCAACGGCUGACAGACAUUGAGCCUCAUACUACAAAAGGAUUAGGAUGUAACCGAACGGACGAUUUUAGUACACCAGUCAGUUCUGGCAGCAACAUGGGCAGUAUAGCACGAUUUCCAAAGUUGGACGAGUGUGCCCACUUUCAUUACGAACACGUUGAACUCUGCCCUUUGGAGGUUUCACUGAGCGAUGGUACGAAUGAUUCAGACAGCUACGCGGUUAGAGUAACGUCCGGAGAUGCAUGCUGGACCCUACAACGAUCUUAUGAUAAUUUUGUUAUGUUUGACAAGCAAUUGCAUCGUUGCAUAUUUGACAGGAAGUUCUCUUCCUUGACCAAGCUUCCAGAUGCACGGCCAAAAACCACCUGUGAUAUACUGAGGGACUAUUUGACUAGGUUCUCGCAGUUAAAUCAUGAAGGCCUAAAUUGCGGUCCUGUGUUAAAUUGGUUGCAGCUAGAUAAUAGAGGAAGAAGAAUUCUCGUGCCAGAGUCAGAUUCAUGCCCUAUUAACACCCCUGCGGUAGCGGCGGCUUACGCAGUGAGACCUUACGUGGCUCAGGCACCGGACGAGAUUUCCUUUCAGGUUGGAGACAUGAUUUCUGUAAUAGACAUGCCUCCGCCAGGGGAAAGCACAUGGUGGCGUGGAAAGCAUGGCUUCGCUGUUGGGUUCUUUCCAGCCGAAUGCGUGGCUGUAAUUGGGGACAAAGUUCCACGACAUCUGACCGUGUCGACGACUGUCAGGUCGAAGUUACCCGUGAAACCAGUGCUUAGAAAACACGGGAAACUAAUCGCCUUUUUCAGGUCGUUUAUACUGAACAGGCCGUCAAGGAGGCGAUUGAAACAGUCAGGAAUCUUGAGGGAACGCGUAUUUGGUUGUGAUUUAGGGGAACAUCUCUUGAACUCUGGUCAAGAUGUGCCCACUGUUUUAACGUGCUGCGCCGAGUUCAUCGAGAAUCACGGCUUGGUUGAUGGCAUAUACCGUCUAAGCGGCGUGACAUCGAACAUUCAAAGAUUACGAAACGCGUUCGACGAGGAUCGUGUUCCUGCAUUGCAUUCCGAUGAAAGUAUUCUACAAGACAUUCAUUCGGUGGCGUCGUUAUUGAAAAUGUACUUCAGGGAACUACCGAAUCCACUUUGUACAUACCAACUUUAUUCUACUUUCGUAAGCGCGGUUCAGGCCAACACCGAUGCAGAGAGGUUAAGGCGGAUGAGGGACACCGUUAGGAAAUUACCACCACCUCACUAUAGAACCUUAGAGUAUCUUAUGCGCCACUUAGUGAGAGUCGCAGCGCGCGGCGCGGAGACCGGUAUGACGCCACGGAACGUAGCCAUUGUCUGGGCACCGAAUCUCCUGAGGUGCAAGGAACUGGAAGUCGGCGGCGUAGCGGCCUUGCAGGGCGUCGGCGUACAAGCGGUUGUUACGGAGUUUUUAGUUUGUUACGCGGAAUUAAUUUUCGGGGACGGUCCGGUCGGUAGGCCAAAAUCAUUGGCGAUCACGACGCCCGCGAGAUUGCUCAGCCUGGAGGAGGCUCGAAACAGAAGUCUGAGAGGGGAACCGGAUUAUAUAGAAGUGGGCGCCGGCCCAGCUGGGUUACCAUUACAGUACCACACGGUCAUAGAGUUGCCACGGAAAAGAAAUGGCUCGAAACGUUCACCCUCGUUGAACUGGAGAGCUUUGUUCGGUAGAGGUGGCUUGGGUGCCAGAGGAAAACCGAGACAAGUUGGCACGCCACCCCAAACAGAAACGGUGCCAAGUUCCUUAAACUCCUUACGACGGUUAAGACCCGUGAAAAGUGCUGAUAGUUUGGACGGCGAGGACGGUCUUGGUCCUCUGCUAGGACCACCGCCGCCCAGACCCUGUGGGCACAGUCGGUCGGUCUCCCACGACUCGUAUUUCGACCAUUUGGCGGACGCUCCGAACGCGGCAUCGCCCUUGGAUUUAUCGGAGAUACAGCUCAACUUCGAUCUGGAGGAACGCGAAAUGCGAAUGUUCUCGGAGGAGGAGAGCGGAGGCGUUGCGUCGGUAGAAGCAUCUCCGCGACGGCAACGGACCGAGGGAACGCAAAACACUGCUACCACCGGUGGAUCGAAGAGAAAGAGAUCACGCUUGGAAGAAAGACUGCAAUGCGACGUCGAGUUGCGAUUCAUCGAUAGCCAAAGUCCUGAUCAGGUGAUGGUAUCCGCAGACAUUCACAGUAUGGAUACACCGUCUCCCUUACCUACGCCAGGAUACCUUCCACUGUUGUCCGAAGCCUCAACACCGCUCACACCUGCCACAUUACACGGAACCCCGCACUCUGGAUCACCUAUACCAGCCAACAGUCCUAGAAUAAGUUUCCGAAGUUUUACUUUACCGUUAGAGAUCGACGACGAGCAAGGCAACGCGAACAAACUGAACAGAACUAGCGUGUCUUCCGAUAAAUCAUCCGACUCUAGUCAUAGGUUAUCUGUAAACUUAGAAGGACAGAGUAACGCUAAAUCCUGCGAGAGGAUAAUGUCGUACGACAAACAUGAAGAUAUGUACAGCGGUAAAGAGUCUGCCAAGGCUCAGAAAACCUCGAAGAAACCGAAUCUAGUAGUAUCGAACGUAGUCGACCAGGAGAUGACACCUUGUGAUAGGCUAGCGUCUCACCUUAGCGAGACAGAGUCCAAUAAAAUUACGUUACCGUGCAAAGACGGAGGUAGUAGAUCGAGCUCGUGUCCUGUGGAUGAGAGCAAAUUGUCCCGCACCGACAGCAGAGAUGCAUUGGACGUACGGAAACACGAUACACCGAACAGCAAGUCCGUGAGCUCGCAAAACGACGAUGCUAUGGCUGGGAAUUCAAACGCACAUAGAAAUGAAUUGUCGGGACUGCCAUUGUCCAGCGCGACUGAUCUCGAUUCCUCUAUGUCCUAUGAACAAACCAUCGAGGAUCUACCAGACUCCGGUUUCGUGAUUUGCGACAGUUCCGACAAGAUGUUUACCAACACGGAAACGCCGCAAAUGGUAUCGAAUACUAAUGAUUCCGGCGAGUGGGUGAUAGUGGAGAGAACCGGUUCGAUCACGACGCCUACUAGCGAAUCGAGCAGUCCAAAGGAUCCGUUGGAUGGCACCGUGAAUCCCGCGAUAGCAACAGACGCACCACAGUUGCGAUCAAUGUCGGAGAACGUUUCCAGGACGUCGUUAGAUCUCACCAUGGGCUCGACCCUAGACACCGACACGUCUUGUAUCGGUGUUAGCGAUCUGACCGAGAGUCCUGUUCUUCCUCAGGAGCCUGGGGGCAUGACUUUCGACGUGUCCGACAGCAGGGAACUCGAUGAACAGAACAUCGCUGCGCAAAGGACAUCCGGGGCUUACGAUUGUCAAGUGAAUUUCAGGGCGGUCGAUUCUGGUCGUAAUUUCUCAAAUAUCGUUCACUCGUCCAUGUGCGACCAGGAUAACGGGAAUGAGAAGAUGUGUACCGUCAGCAUGACGGACAUUCGCUUGAAUCAGAAACCUAACGAAAUGGAGCACGAGAUCACCGCAUGUUACAAUCAGCUGGACAACGCGAAAGCGUUCAACAGAAACGAGGGUCCAACGAAGAAGGAUCUCGAAGACGAGGAAGUCUUCGAUAAUUCUCAACACAGCUCGAGGAGUCUAGAUUUCAAGGAACAGGAUAUCCGACGUUCCUUGCAGUUGCAUCCGAAACCGCAGUACCAGAGCGAUCGUCGUUCGUUCGCCAACCAGUCGAAUAAGAACCAGGAUCUUGCCGACAAUAAUACUCAACGUUGUCAAAAUCAGAAGCCAGAAAAGUGCCAAAGUUUCGAGUACGUCUCACCAAAGGAACCGGCUAAGACCAGUCAACAGCACAAACAAUUCUCACCGCGCAACGACGAGAACUCGAAAUGUACCAAUGUGAAAAGCAACCAGCCUCAGGAACACAUCGAAGUGGUGAUCCCGUCGGAGAGCGCGGCGGAACCCAGCGAGAUAGCGCAUCAUCCAGAGGGGGCAUCCGAAACAACAUCUUUGAACUCGUCCUGCACGUUCUCCAACGCAUCUUCUCCAGUGGACGAUUCCAUAGUUCUUCGCGACACGGCAACUAUACUGCAAGAGCUAGCGCUUCAAAGAUUAUCAGGAGGCAUGAUGGGUGGUGAUCUGUCCAUACCUCCUAGAAGAAGGUACGAAGCAGAGAGCGUCAAGGACAGAAGGAGCUUCGACUCUGAGAUUGGAAGAGAGAUAGUCCGCGAACGGAAGAUGCGACAGGAACUGGACUCAGCACGGGGAAAGUCCGAGGAACCACCCGUGAACAACGCACCGCAUUUGCCACCUUGUUUGAGGGCACGUCACGCGAGAGCCACUCGUGCGUCGUUGAGUCGAUCACUAGACGAGGCCAAGUUCAAUAAAAUGACCGAGGACGCGUGCUUACCCGUGAAACAGGCCACAGAGGACGCGCAGCACAGCUCCACACCCAACGUUGGUGCCAGCGCGAAUAACUCUGGUAAUUCUGAUAAGUCUCAUUUGAAGAACCUCGGUGGUUUGGACCUGGGCGAUCCCCAAUGCAGAGAAAGGAUAGAAAAGUACAAAGAGGAGAGAAGGACGUUCUUGAGGGAUAAGUACAGGUCGGAAAGCUUUCGUGGGAUGCUGUCGAAGGCGGAGGACGACGGAGAGCAAGCUCUUCUAACUAGGUUAAAGCAAAGAGCCUCUAGACCCUCCCUUCAUUGAUAAUAACGUAAUAUUUAUGAAACGCUCUGUCGAUUGUCUCGCGUAAAUGCCUCUAACGCAUCGCGCGAUGAAUUAUAUGUGUAACUCCAGUGAACUGUUGACUGCGCUGAUUGCAUUUAACCCUUUGCCCUCAGAAUUUCUUGAGUCAGAGAGGAUACUAGUGUGUUCUAUCAUUUUAAAGUAUACGGUGCGAUGAAAGCAAACAAAAAUUAAUGGCGGUAAGGUGAAAGUACCAGUAGUAGACACUUUUAAAUUUUUCUUUUUCUUGGAAGUAAUAUUUAAUUUGUUUCUUUGAUUUUUUACCAAAUCACUGAAUUAAGCAGUGGCUUUUCUUUUAUCUCUGUAUACGAAUAUUGCUGCUAUACAGGUCGGUUCACAAGAAGCCGAUUUCUGUUGCUGCGGUUUUUCAGCGGGAUAUGACAAGCCCAAUUGAUACACAUAUUUAUGCUGUUUACAUAGUGUUCUUUUUAAAUUGUUUUCUUUUGAAAGAAGUUGGAGUAUCAUUAUCGUCAAUUUGUAUUAGCGUAGUUUAUGAUAAGUCAGAAGAAAGAUAUAAUAGAAUGAACUAAUAUAAAACUACUAAAAAAAUUAUACGUAGAACAUAGAAAUUUUAUAUAAUUUUUUAUUUGAGCAUAUUUCAGUGUAUAAUUGCGUACAUUUUUAUGGUUUAAAUAGCAUUCCACUUGGUUACAUUAUAUUUAAAGUUACCAUUAUGUUAUGUAUUUAUAUUUAAUCCUUUAUUCUUGGGACAGAAUAAUUGUUAUUUAUUUUCCAGAAAUUGCCCGCUACUGGUGCGAUUACCGUACUUUAUGCUGCUGUAGCUGAUACGAAGACUACCAAAUUUUAAUUCAGAAUGCAUCUUUAGUUGUUCAAGCCGUUUACGACUUUGUAAUAAUAUGUUCAUUAUUCCCAGAGUUACUUUUUUAUUGUAACUUUGUUACUAAUCAUGAAUACCAUUAUGAGUAGAUAAGAACCAUGAAUUGAAAUCUCUUUAAUUACAAAUCACGUUCAACGGACGAUUGUAUUUAAACAAAUCUAUUCAAAGACCAUGAAUAAUAAAAGAAAUAUUUUGUCCGCGUU